AUGUUAGAGGAUAGAGAGAUGAUGAGUUCUUCUUCACCAACUCAACUUGCAUCUUUAAGAGACAUGGGAAUCUAUGAGCCAUUUCAACAAAUUGUCUCUUGGGGAAAUGUUUUCAAAUCUGAUAUCAAUGAUCAUAGUCCCAAUACUGCUUCUUCCUCAAUCAUUCAAGUUGAUGCCACAACUGAUGAUCAUCACAACAACAUCAAGACGAAUUACGCUUCUUCUCAUAACCAGAUCGAAGCAGAGCCUUCUAGUAAUAAUGAUGAUGGCAAGACUCCUGAUAAGACGAAACGGCGUUUAGCGCAGAACAGAGAAGCUGCUCGUAAAAGCCGUUUAAGAAAGAAGGCUUACGUUCAACAGUUAGAAGAAAGUCGGUUAAAGUUAUCACAGUUAGAGCAAGAACUUGAAAAGGCUAAGCAGCAGGGAUUAUGCGUACGAAACACGUCAGAUUCUUCAAGCUACUUAGGAUCAUCAGGGAGCAUCAACACAGGGAUUGCUUCGUUUGAGAUGGAAUAUUCACACUGGCUUGAGGAACAAAGCAAGAGAGUAAGCGAUAUCAGAACAGCGCUUCAAGCUCAUAUAAGCGACGUAGAGCUAAGGAUGCUUGUAGAGAGUUGCUUGAACCAUUACGCGAAUCUCUUUCGUAUGAAGUCCGAUGCCGCGAAAGCAGAUGUUUUCUACUUGAUAUCCGGAAUGUGGAGGACUUCAACGGAGAGAUUCUUCCAAUGGAUUGGAGGGUUUCGUCCAUCCGAGCUUUUAAACGUUGUGAUGCCUUAUCUUCAGCCAUUAACAGAUCAGCAAGUCUUGGAAGUGAGAAACCUUCAACAAUCGUCGCAACAAGCAGAGGAUGCUCUGUCUCAAGGGAUUGAUAAACUUCAACAGAGUUUAUCAGAGAACAUUGUGACCGAUGCGGUUAGCGAGUCCACGGAUUAUCCGACUCACAUGACUGCAGCAAUAGAGAAUCUUCAAGCUUUAGAGGGGUUUGUGAAUCAAGCUGAUCAUUUGAGACAGCAAACUCUACAACAAAUGGCGAAGAUCUUGACGACAAGACAAUCAGCUCGAGGUUUGCUUGCUUUGGGAGAGUAUCUUCAUAGGCUUCGUGCUCUUAGCUCUCUUUGGGCAGCUCGUCCACGAGAAACCAUUUAG